ACCAUUUUCAUAAAUAUAAUUUUUAAUUUUAAAAAAACAAAUCUUAAAAUCAAACAUCUAUUAAAUUAUGAUUUGUUUUCUUAAUUCUAGGCAUAUUUUUUAUGUGAAGACAUACAGUCGAUUGAUGAAUAUCGGCAAUCUUAGCGGAAUUGGAUUUACUUCGGCUUUUAUGCAUUGUAGUUGAAUCUUUCCACAUUUUUUUACGUUUACAUAAAAAAUAUGCCCAGAAUUAAGAUAUGGUAAAUCAAAAUCAUAAAAUAAAUCAUUAUAAUAAUUGUGUUUUUAAUUGAAUCAAAACGGAAAAUAGUAGAAGAAUGAUUAGUUUUAACACGGCGAAGUCGAGUAAUUCAGUUAGGUAAUAUUGGUAGGUACCUAAUCAAUAAAAUCGGAUGUAUCGGAGUAUAUUUUGUCGGAUGUGACAAUUCCCGGACCACUUUAAUCACUUCGGCACCCUUUCUUCGGUGUUCAUGCUUGUGGUAAACUAAUUUGUUUGUAUUUGAAAAUAAUAAAUACUUUAGUCAAAAUAAUAUUUUUUUCGUCUCUAUGGAAAUAUUUAAAAUAAAUAGUUAAUUUUGAUUUUUGAAAAAAUAUAUUAUUCAUUUGAUAUCGGUUUAUUUUACAAACAUGUAUAUUCUAUAAAUAUGUCCAAUCACGUUUGUGAUGCCGUUAGGCAUAAAACUAAAAAAUUCAGCUUUAAGAGAAAGCCGUUUGGUGUGAAUCAAACUGGACAGGUGGGUAAUGUGCAUGAAGACCAUAAACAGCCAGAGGCUAGUCAACCAAAACAGGCCGAAAACCAGACACCAGAACCAAUAAAACCUACACCAGAACCAAGAAAACCGACCACAGAACCAAGAAAACCGACCACAGAAACCAGAAAACCGACACCAGAAACCAGAAAACCGAUACCAGAAACCAGAAAAUCGGCAACAGAAACCGGACACUAUUCAGAAUGUGUUAAUAUGUGUAAAAGCCAAAACGAACAAACUGAAAAAAUAACUGAUAAUGAUGUCGCAAUGCCUGACGGAUUUGAAAAUAAAGCAACGCAAACAAGAAUUUGUUGUAUUCAUAAUCGUUGCAAGAGAAAACAGCGGAAACGAAACGGAAAUUUUAUUCAAGACACGUGGUUUUGUUUAACGAAAUUGUGUAAAUAAAUAAAAAUAAUAGUA